AUGUCGCUUCUCGGGGAGCAGAGGUGGAUGGAGAUCGGGAUCGGGUCAAAGCUUCGAGAGCUACAGGACGAGGAUGUCAGGGGCUUGAGCGAUGCGGUGUUGAAGGAGGCGGACAAGGCAUCCAUGGAGUUUUCCUGGCAAAAGGCUGCAGCUGGGAACACCACACUCGCCACCACCCGGCUUCUGAAAGAGGUCUCAGAGAAGCAGAUGAAGAUGUCGUGGAUAUGGACAGCGGUUGACAUCCGAGAGGACGGUUCGGAUCCAGGGUUCAACGAUGCAUUAUGGAUUGAGUGGGCAAAAGCAAGGGCUCGGGCCGAACGUUGGACCGAGGAGGUUCAGCUGGUCUCUGAGGAGAUGAGGCAAACCAUCGAGUAUUGUAAGUGGAGAAAGGUGUGGUGGGAGGCCAAAAUUGGGGCCCGCAAGGAUGUGGUACCGGAGCUCGCUAACGGCCCCCGUGCAAAGAACCUCAUAGGCUGUGGUUUCGCGGAGAACAACCAGGAGGAAGGGGAUAGCUCUGUGCCCGAGCCGUCAGCUACUGUGUUUUUAAACUUACGAGAUCUUCAGGUGCUGGUUGAUGAUGAGGAUGAGGGUGGUGAUGACGAGGGUGAUGAUGACGAUGAUGAGGAGGGAGUCGAGGAUAAUGAAGACUUGACGAACAACUGA